ACGACAGCCAGCAGCGAGAGCAGCAGCAGCAGCGUCCCACCGAUCCUUGGUACAUCCACUGCUUGGUCUGACUUCGUCUGGCGACAACGGCGAUGGGGGGGUUGUUAUGAUUAAAGUUGACGGUUUUUUUUCUCGCGUUUUCAUUCCGACAGUGUUGCGGUGGAAUCCAGGAUGUCUGAUGCGCUUUCUCAUAUUCAAUCGUCGGCUGCUCUUCAAGUCCCCGAUGAAGAAACAAACUUGGGAAUAGCCGAUCUUAAAAACCGAGAGCAGCAACUUUUCCAACUGCCUCAGUAGUCUACGGACUGACCUAUGCUAAGCUAACGCGCUAGCCAAUGCAGUUGGAAUUUCUGUUAAAAGUCCACAAACGAGAAGGCGGACGUUACAUUUUGGGAUUCGUUUCUUAGAUGAGAUUUACCGUCGACUCUCAAAGCGAAACCUGUCCGUUCAUUCCCCACUUUACUCUAUCAGAGUGGACGGUGCAGGUGCACCUCUUGCGGCACCUGCGAAAACUUGGUAACUAGCUCCAUCGGUAGAGCGCUAACUUUAGCUUGUUCGUGUUAGCAUUAAGCGGAGACAGAGACCAAGUUGUUGACGAUUCGUUUUCGUGGCUGAAAUUAUUUGCUUAAUCAGAUUUAAUGCGUCAAGUUUCAGCUUUGUGUCACUAUUAACCGUCAGUCCACGCAGCGGUGAUUUAAGUUAAAAGAGUUUCGGUUAACCGUAGCCAGCUAGUUACUGACCCUCGUCCAGUUUUACCGGAGUGGCGACGUGGAUAACAUUGCAGUGUUGUAGACGCUCUCUCCCCCGCAGGACUUUGGACAAGGUCUGACUCUGCCGUGGACUGUGCAGGGGAUUCCAUUCUGUCCAGCUAGUCUCCUAAAUGUGACAGCAUGAGGAUUUCAGAAGUUACCUUGUACGGAUUUAAAGUUUUCAUUUUGUUCUAAAAGCUCUGCACCCUAUGGUGCCGCUACGGCCACCGAGAAAUGAAUGUCUCGCAGGCCGCUUUCCCAAACGGUGAAGGGCGGUCGGGCGGCGGUGGGACCGGGGACCAUGCCUGGACAGAUUCCCCCACGGUUCGGGCGUGGGCUCACUCAGCCCCGCUAUGCCAGACUCGGUCCCUGUGGACAGCCGCGUAUGACUACGAGGCAAGCGGCGAGGACGAGCUCAGUCUCAGACGAGGAGACGUGGUGGAGGUCCUGUCCAAGGACGCAGCGAUCUCGGGAGACGAGGGUUGGUGGACGGGCAAAAUCAACCACCGGGUCGGGAUAUUCCCCUCCAACUAUGUCACCUAUCAGCCCGCUAUUUACCGCCUCCCUGCUACGAGUGGGUCGGUUGGGGUACCAGAGCGUGUCCCGGGCUCGCCCGUCCAGAUUCCCUUCAGUGAACUGAUCCUGGAGGAGAUCAUAGGCGUGGGGGGAUUUGGUAAAGUUUACCGGGGCACAUGGAAAGAUCAAGAGGUUGCCGUGAAAGCAGCUCGCCAAGACCCGGACGAGGACAUAACAGCCACCGCGGGCAGUGUUAAACAAGAAGCGAAGCUUUUCUCCAUGCUGCAGCAUCCCAACAUUAUUAAACUUGAAGGCGUGUGUUUGGAGGAGCCCAACCUGUGCUUGGUCAUGGAGUACGCUCGAGGCGGGACACUGAACCGGGUGCUGACCGGAAGGCGCAUCCCUCCACACAUCCUGGUCAACUGGGCCGUGCAGAUUGCACGCGGGAUGCACUACCUACACGAGGAGGCCGUGGUGCCCAUCAUCCAUCGUGACCUGAAGUCUAGCAACAUUUUAUUACUUGAAAAGAUUGAGAAUGACGACAUCGGGAGGAAGACCCUGAAGAUCACUGAUUUUGGCCUGGCCAGGGAGUGGCACAAAACCACAAAAAUGUCAGCUGCAGGCACCUACUCCUGGAUGGCCCCUGAGGUCAUUAAGUCAUCUCUCUUCUCCAAAGGCAGUGACGUCUGGGGCUACGGUGUCUUGCUGUGGGAGCUAUUAACAGGGGAGGUGCCGUACCGUGGGAUAGAUGGCCUGGCUGUUGCAUACGGUGUGGCAGUCAAUAAGUUAACUCUGCCAAUCCCCUCCACCUGCCCAGAACCCUUCGCUAAACUCAUGGAAGAGUGCUGGGACCAGGACCCCCACGUGCGUCCCUCCUUCUCCUGCAUCCUGGAGCAGCUGUCGGCCAUCGAGGAGGCAGUCAUGGCCACCAUGCCCCAGGACUCCUUCCACAGCAUGCAGGACGACUGGCGUGUGGAGAUCCAGGAGAUGUUUGAUGAGCUCAGGACCAAAGAGAAGGAGCUGCGGUCCAGAGAAGAGGAGCUGACGCGGGCCGCCCUCCAGCAGAAGUCUCAGGAGGAGCUGCUGAAGCGUCGGGAGCAGCAGCUGGCAGAGCGGGAGAUCAACGUGCUGGAGAGAGAGCUCAACAUCCUCAUUUUCCAGCUCAACAAAGACAAGCCCAAUGUGAAGAAGAGGAAAGGCAAAUUCAAACGUUCCCGCCUUAAACUGAAGGAUGGAAACCGCAUCAGCCUGCCCUCAGACUUCCAGCAUAAGAUCACCGUGCAGGCGUCGCCCUCCAUGGACAAGAGGCGGAGCCUCCAUAGCACCACCUCCUCCCCUCCCAGCAGCCCCACACUCAUCCCCCGGCUACGAGCCAUUCAACUGACUCAAGACGAGAGCAACCGUACAUGGGGCCGCAGCACCCCCUUCAGGCCGGAGGAGUUUGAUGAUGUGAAAAAGGGGAUCAAGAAGAAAGGAAGGACCUGGGGCCCCAGUUCAGUGCAGAGCAAAGAAAGGCCUGCUGCUGCAGAGAGAGUACGUCCUCUGUCAGAUGGCAGUAACCCCUGGUCCACCAGCCUGGUCAAGUCCCAAAAGUCUGUCCCUCUGGCUGCCCUGUUCGCUGAACAAUCGGGUGUUGGGAAAGACGAGGCGUUUUCCCAGGAAUGUCCUGACAGCAGCUCCAAGCCAAAGCAGCUCAAGUUCCCCAACCAGGUGUACAUCGAUCUACCUCUGUGGAGGGAGGAGCAGCAGCCUCAGAGCCCCGCUGGGCACUGUGGGCCAGGAGACGCCGGGGUAGGAGGUCAGGGUGGCCCAACGGAGACCACAGACGACCCCUACACCACCACAUCCACCUCGUCCACCUCCACCACCCCACAGCUCACACCCACCAACAGCCUGAAGCGGACGUCGGCUCGCCGCAAGACUGACUCUGUGCUGUAUGGCUGCGGCUCGCUGCUGGCUUCAGUCGUGCUCGGUUAUGACAUUAGGGAGGCUCUCAAAAACUCAGCCCCUGGGGAAGAUUGCGAGCCCCAGCGUGAGGAGAAAGAGAAGAAGAAGAAGGAGGGCCUGUUUCAGCGUGCGACCCGAUUCCGUCGCAGCACCUCACCGCCGAGCGGUCGCUCCCGCAAAGACGAGACAUCGUCAAACCACACCUCCACCCAACCUGUCAAUCUCCUCUCCAUGUCAGCCAUUAUGGAAUGCAACUCCACCAAGUGUCUCUUACAGUCUGAGGCUGAGGUGUCAGAGUCCAACCCUGGGAAGGUUGAGCUUGUGGCUGUCAAUCAUCACACAGAACCAACCAGACCCCGCCCAUCAUCUUCUGCUGAAGGCCAGAGUAACAAGACUGCAGCCAGCACACAGACACCAGUGCAAACCCAAAGCCAGCCACCAGAGCAGAGCAACCACAACACGGGGACACGUCUACGCAGGAAGAAGUACACCACCAACCACAAUACAAAUGGCCCACCUGCUCUUCCUCCUCCAUCCUCACAAAAGAAGCAGGAGAAAGAGAAGGAUGUAGCAUCAGAGAAGCCCUCAGGUGGGGAGGCCUUUUCCAGGCCACGACCGGUGUCGUUCCGGGCCAAACCCCACGCCUGGGCCCUUCUGCGAGGACGCAACAAGAGCUACUCCCUGGGCCACUAUUCCGGAGAGAAGACGGCACAAAACCUAAACGUGGUGCUGUCUUCGGAGGUGGGGAUGGGUUGCUCCCUGCUGGACAUGGACACAGAGGGCCAGAAACGAGACUGCACCGUGCCGCUCUGCCGCAUUCAGAGUUCUCCGGCGCGGCCCUCCGUCUUUGAGCUGGAGAAAGAGUUCCUCUCUUGAAAGGUCUUGAAAAGCAAUCUGCUGUGGUCAUAGUUUAUCCAGUACAACAAUCUAGAGUGUUGCAGAUGAUACAGACAGAAUUUUUGGCCUAAAACUCCUGGAGGGUUUAGAACCAGGCUGCCUUUUUUUUGUUAAAGUUCUAUAACAUAGAACCCAGCUGUCUCUCAGCUCUAGAACAUAGUGAUGUCAGUGUUCUAGAGCGUAACUAAGUCUGAGAAGACAUCCGUGUCACAGGAGUUCUACAACGUGCACCCUCGUCAGAUCGGUCUUUCUCCGUGUGAGGCCUUGCACCCUGCCUUGUCUCGUUGUAGAACACACACACACACUCACACUCACACACACCGUUCUGAAACACCUGAGCAGAACAUUCCAGAGCUGGAUCAGCAGCUCGUCGUCUCAUCCCUCGGUGCUCGAUUGCCAUCUUUGUUUGCUCGUCUCUUUCUCUGUUCUCCCCCUCUUUCUCCCUGUGUUUCCCCUCUUCCUUCCUCAUUCUGUCGGUGCAGCUAAACGUUGACCGCUGCUGCAGCUUUCGCAACACAGUACCCUCACCUUUUUAUUUAUAUAUAUAUUUUUAUAGGUAAUUUAAUAUGAAGAGACUUGACGUUACCUUAGCGACCAGCAGGACAUACAUUCCGUGUCAGUUUCAAAGUUGUGCGAUCACGCUUUUUAGAUUUUUUGUUUUUGUUUUUUUUUUUUGACUUGAUAAUCAUGCAUGCAUGUACCCUUAAAAUGUUGAACAAAAAAAAAUAAUUAUGCCUUGUUUGUAAAUAUUUCUUUCUUUUCAUUAUCAGCCUUACGCUGGAAGUCGUUUUGUAUUGCAUAUACGUAUACGGUUCAAUGACUGUGUUUUUAAAAGUCAGUACAGUUUGUGUUCUGGGAUGGGUUACAUACUGGAUCACAGCGGGGAUGCAAGUGUGUUUCCUCCCAGAAUGCAAUGAAGAUUUUAGAGCAGCAGGUAGAAAAACACUGGAGGUCCUACAGAGGAAAAAAAAAAAAAGUCUUUUCUCUUAAAAGUUGGAUCAAAUUUUAAUUGACCAUCGUGAUCAUGUGUCACUAAUAUGGAUUUUUCUAAGAGUAUUUAUAGAAGUUGGGUUCUUUUGUUUAUUUGUUUUUGUUCUAUACUCAGCACAGUGCAACAGAGUGAGGAAACACUUCAGCCACGCAUGUUCACGUGAGGAAAGUCUGCCCCAAAUUAAUGAAUUUAUAAUCUAAUCCUGUUGAUGACAGCUUGAUUGGCUGGAAGUGUAAUUACACACCAUAAUUUCAGAUUUCAGCCCGAGAGUGGCCACACAGGAGACUUUUAGACUCUAUAUAGAACAUUGAGUGCACAAAAUGGAAAUACUACCUGUGGUGUAAAGCAGGUAGACGCUGUGCCUGCCUUUCUGACUGUGUCUUAUUCCUGUCCUCAUUUUUUUUUAUUACCAUGUGCACACAUUUUUUGUAAUUUAUGCAAACAAAUUCCUCUUUUUUUAGCUUCAGUUUCAACCUUAACUUGAUUACUUUGCAUCUCAGAUUUCACCCACAUUGCUGUCAUAUACCUAAUCGUGCUGUUACGUUUAUUUGGUUUGACAUUUAGUUGAGUUGUAUACUUUAUUUUAAAGCAGAUGGUUUCCCCAUGUAGCCCUGGGUUUUCAUUUCAUCAAGCUCUCAGGAAGGUCUGGAGACAACCUUUCUUUCCAUAACCUAAAGGCCUCCUCGGGAUUAACUAAAGGUUCACUGUCCUGACUUUUCUUCUGUAAGAUUUCCAGUAUGGAGGCCUGACUAUGCAGGACAAAAAACUUCUUCCGAGGUCACUCUCAGGCGCUCUGUCUGUACGUUAAACAAGUUAACUAUUAAUUGUCGAGUGACGAUGAUAUUCCCUCGACCUUUUAUCACUGUUUUACCUCACUCUGUUUUUGAGAAGUUCAUUAGAAAACAUGUCCCGCUUUUGAAAGGACAAAACAAGGGCUCAUUUACAGCAAGAAUGGUGUAAAUAUACGGUAAUUGUGAUACCUGAUGUGAAUAUCACUGUGGCAUCUUAGGAUGAUUUAGAAUGUGAAGUUUCCCAUGUCCUGUAUUUUAUGACCACUGUCAAACCAACGCUGUAAAGGCCUUACAUAUCAUAAAGCUGUUAAAGGUAUAGUUUACAAGCCAAGAUGGAUGGAUUGGAUUUACCUUCUUUUUAUGACUUAAGGGUAAUCUGUAAAUACUACAAUGCACUGGUACAGUACAUUCCCCUUAAAAUAUUCUGUUUGAAGUCUGCGGUUUGUCGUCCACAGUCACAGAACUUUGUUAACAUGAAAGUUUUGGUGUUUUAAGGUUCUAAAUGAACAUUCCACUACAUUUGACAAGCUGCAGCAAGAAUAUUUGUGAUGCUAGUUAUCAGUAUGGUGCGUUAAGGCGUCUGGCUUUGGGACCAAAUUUAACUCUACCAGCACUAAGGCCUCCCUGUCUUCAGGACCAAAACCAGUGAAUGAACUAGCUGCUAGUGAGGAGUUCUUACAAAGAAAAGUGCUCUGUAUGAAAGCUUCACAAACAACCUGGAAGGCACAGCGUGGUGCUGUUUCUGACAGGCCCAUCACCUUCUGAUCAAAUAACAAGACUGUCUGACAACUGCAACACUGAAUGUGUCAGAUUUACCUUGGAGUACAUCUGUUUCAGUGAAUGUUUUGGGGUUUUUUUUUUGUUGUUUUGUUUUGUUUGUUUGUUUUAUUUUGUUAUCAUUACAGUAUUGGUGAUUUCACGCCUGAUUGAUCAAAAGUAUCAAGUUUAUCAACAUUUUGAAUAAAGUCGAAAUCAAGACUAA